GAUUUCUCUGACGUACGUAGAUACUGAUUCCGGUCCUAGUUUCGUAUAUAAGACCUCUGUAUCUACAGCAGUCAGACGAGCCGAACGGCCGUGUGCCGUCUUCGCUAGCCGUCACAGCCAGGAUCUGUGAGAUAGAUCUUUAAGCUAGGGCAUUCGUCAUGAUAGCGGAUGGCUUUCCAGGCGCAGAUGUCACAAGAAACCGUUGAGUUUAGCAUCUUAAACUCAAAGGCUUCAUGUGGUUUAUUCGUUUAUUGCCUCAUGUACAUUGACUCGUCAUUACACUCACCAUCAGAACGGUCUACCGCCGAAGCUACUCGGUUUACCCUCUCACGAAAGAUCGACGGUGCUUCGAUCCUGGUGUUAUCACCAGAAUGUCGUCUCCUACGCAUAACAUUACCAGCACCAUCCGCGUGCAGAAUGCCACCCAAGACGAUAUACCCUCCAUCACGGCAAUAUACACCACCCAAGUGCUCGAGACCAUAAACACGUACGAAUACGUUCCCCCCACCGAAGAGGACAUGAAAGCGCGAAUGGAAACCAUCCUCACCAACGGAUUUCCCUACCUCGUCGCUCGGGCUCCCUCCGACGGCUCUUCAUCCUCGGAGCCAGAAGCCGUGGUAGGGUACGCAUACGCGAGCACGUUCCGCGCGCGCGAAGCCUACCAGUUUACUGUCGAGGGUUCCGUGUACGUGCAUCCCGCGCACCAGCGGCGCGGGGCCGGUCGUGCGCUUCUCGAUGGGUUGAUUGCGGAAUGCGAGAGGCGGGGGUUUAGAGCUAUGAUUGCCGUGAUUGGCGAUACGGGGAACGGGGCAUCGAUUGCGCUGCAUAAGAGGUGCGGGUUCGAGGAGGUGGGGGUGAUGAAGGGCGUUGCGUGGAAGAUGGGCCGGUGGUUGGAUACGCUUAUGAUGAGGAGAGGGUUGGGCCCGGUGGAUUCGAGUGGGCCUGGUGAUGCUUGAUGCUACUCUGCCCUUAGCAUAUAUACCUCAGUGCAAU